CCCGCGCCGGAACCGCCGGCGGCGGCGCCUGGUUUCCGCGGGGACCCACUUCCCGGACGGACCCGACCCGACCCGAGCCCCGCGGGACGCGGCCCGGCAGGUUUGGGAGAAGUUCUUAAGCCCCAGAGCUCCACGGAUCAGCGUCUUCAUGGCGGUCCCCACUAUUUACUCCAGGCUGGUGGAGUAUUAUGACAGGCAUUUCUCUCAGCCUCAUGUCCAGGAUUUUGUACAUGCCACGUGCCGAGAUAAUUUCAGGUUAAUGGUUUCAGGAUCGGCAGCCCUUCCCAUGCCAGUCCUGGAGAGGUGGAAGAACAUCACCGGACACACGCUGCUGGAGAGGUACGGGAUGACAGAGAUCGGAAUGGCACUUUCUAACCCCUUGCACGGAGUUCGUGUCCCAGGAUCUGUGGGGACCCCGCUGCCAGGGGUGGAAGUGCGCAUUGCCACGGAGCGCUUGAGCAGGGAAGGUCCUUCCUACACCAUCCACGCUCAAGGAGAUGAACGUGACACAAAGGUGACCCCCGGCUUAGAUGGCAAAGAAGGUGAGCUCUUCGUUAAGGGGCCUACAGUAUUUCGAGAAUACUGGAAUAGACCUGAAGAAACAAAAGAAGCUUUCACACCCGAUGGCUGGUUCAAAACAGGAGACACAGCGGUGUAUAAAGAGGGCACGUACUGGAUCAGGGGCCGCACCUCUGUGGACAUCAUCAAAAGCGGAGGCUAUAAAAUUAGUGCACUAGAAGUCGAGCGCCAUCUGCUAGCACACCCCAGUAUUGCAGAUGUGGCUGUGAUAGGACCUCCAGACAUGACUUGGGGCCAGCGGGUCAGUGCUGUGGUGAAACUGCAGGAGGGUGAGAUGCUGUCUCUCAAGGACCUGAGGGACUGGGCAAGGGAAUCCGUGGCGUACCACUCUGUCCCCACAGAGCUGCUCCUGGUGGAGGAGAUCCCACGCAAUCAGAUGGGAAAAAUCAACAAGAAACAACUUCUCAAGCACUUCUACCCAACCUAGUGAGGCACCAGGCUGAGAGCAGGGCCGAGAUGGCUCUCCCCCUAGUGCCUGCUGCUUCAAUGGAGUCUGUCUGAGGAGCUUUAAUGCAUCCUAGUGCAAUGGGUUUGCAUGAAAAUGAUACAAAUCAGGUGCUGUCAGUGAUUUCUGUGCUCGUCAUGCUGGGAUUGUCAGUCAAUAAAAUCUGGUUUCAUUC